ACACAGUACAGGAGAUGACCAGAGACUGCAGACAUAGUACAGGGGAUGACCAGAGACUGCAGACACAGUACAGGAGAUGACCAGAGACUGCGGACACAGUACAGGAGAUGACCAGAGACUGCGGACAGUACAGGGAUGACCAGAGACUGCGGACAGUACAGGAGAUGACCAGAGACUGCGGACACAGUACAGGAGAUGACCAGAGACUGCGGACAGUACAGGAGAUGACCAGAGACUGCGGACAAAGUACAGGAGAUGACCAGAGACUGCGGACAUAGUACAGGAGAUGACCAGAGACUGCGGACACAGUACAGGAGAUGACCAGAGACUGCGGACAUAGUACAGGAGAUGACCAGAGACUGCGGACACAGUACAGG